GAAGAAUUCAUGACUAAUUAAUUAUAUCAACCGGGGUGUAUAGCGUUAAAUAUUAAUUACAAUAAUCUCUCGUUUAAUAAAACAUGAAAUAAAUAAUCAACAGAAUAGUAACUGGCAGUUAGGCUACGAACUUCUAAAACCUUGUUCGCGUGAGCUACUGCUUCCAAAUUGGUAUCGCCACCCUUGAGAAUUAUGUUGCAGAUUUUUCGUCGGAGACAUUUCACUGGUGCACAUUCCGGAAAAACAGAAUUGUUUACUAACACGUCCAUGAACACGUCGCUGUCAGUUGCCUGUAACUUAUUCCAGAAGAGAAUAGAGACAUCUUCUCAUUUCAGUCAGUCGAUUUGUCAUUUCUUGUAGUAUUUCAACCGACUGUCACUCGUUAGUAUGGUUGUUCUUGCCCAGCUAUGUAGGAUCAUGUGAGUAAAUGUCCCGCCGUGGACCCAUCUACAAGCUAACGUUAGCAAGUCCUAUGCUUUCUCCUGGGCUGGCAUAUGGGCUCUCACUAGUCAAACAACCAAGUUGUUCGCAGCUGCUAUCUGUGACGAAGGUGUCAUUUUAACCUUUUUUUCCUUCCCCUUCUACCAAUACUUAGGCCUGUAUGGCGUAUUAGGAUCUUCAACCAAAUUGACUGUUGUUGUGAGUCAAUGUUGUUUUCACUUUCACAAGACGAUUAGCAUGAUAGCAAGAUCAUUGUCCUGACACUGCAGUAAGAGUAGAAGCGAAAGUUUGCUACCAUGUCGGAGGGAACAGGCAAACUGCCGCUCAGGCGCCUGGAACAGCCCAUCCAUAAAUUCACCAAAGUGGUCAUUCCUACCGAUCUGCAGAGACUUCAGCAACAUCAACACAAUAUAGAAAAGUUUCAGAGCGGCCAACAAUGGGACAGGCUCCACCAGGAACACAUCCACUCCAGCCGCACCGUUCAGCAACUGCGAUCUAACUUGCGAGAAAUGGAGAAGCUGUGUGGGCGUGUCCGGAGCGAGGAUGCCGCUACACUGGACAAACUGGUCCAGCCGAUCAGAGAGCAGGCGUCGAGCGCAGCCCAAGGCUUCUUGCGUCUCCACUCCGAGGCUGAAAACACUCUGCCUUCCCAGCCCGCAGGCUCACACACACUACACGCCCCAUCCUGUGGCGAUGACGAUAUGGACGUCACCUCGCUGGCCGUCACUCAAAUGCAGCUGCCGGCAAUUCCACCAGAGCAGAAUGCUGCUGAGAGCUGGGACUCUCUGGAGGAGGAUUUGCAGGAUCUAAGUGGUUUGAUCAAUGAUUUUGCCUCACUUGUUCACGCGCAGCAGGAGAAGAUUGACAGCAUUGAGGAGAACGUUAGUAUGGCGGCGACCAACGUGGAGGAGGGGGCACGCAGCCUCGGGAAGGCUGCCAGGUCUGGAUUGGCCGUGCUGCCGGUGGCUGGAGCGCUGGUGGGCGGGGUGCUGGGCGGACCCCUCGGUUUGAUGGCAGGAUUUAAGUUGGUCGGUGUGGCCGCGGCCAUAGGGGGUGGGAUUAUUGGAUUUGCCAGCGGCAAUCUGAUCCAAAAACGCAAACGAGAGCACGUGGACGUACAGCUUCAGCAGCUCAAGAACACACACGCUGAUUGACACGAACUCUCACGCACGGGCACAUUUGAUUCCAAGGCAAUGACACCCAAAAAUUGACACAUCCACUGACAAGCACACAAUCACGCUCCAGGCUUUCUGUUUGUCUGUGAAAGAGAACACAUAAAGUUGGAAUGACACUGGUACCUAGAUACCUUAGUGAUACCUGUAUUCAAGCUUUGUUGGAUUGCUGGCUCAGUUACUGGGCUGCUUUUUGUAAAUGACGCGCAACAGUCACACACAUCACUCUCAGUGAAUCUCAAACUUGAAACUGCCUUAACCUUAUGAACUUGUUUCAUGCCAAAAGAUGCCAUUGUUUAUGCUCAAAGCCAUGUUGGUUAGCCAAUUUAUUUGCCUUAAAUGAAGCUCCUACAGUCAUUCUGGCACAUGAAACAGUGAGUCCAGUGAGUGUCUGUGGCCAUUGUAAGCCACACGGGCCUCUCCUCGGAGGGUUCUGAGCCUCCACAAAGCCUUCUAUGGCAGUGCUGCUGCUGUAGGCCAGAGCUGAAUGUGGCUGAUAAGCCGUCCGAGUUGAACUGCAGUGAUGUCCUUAAUAUUGUAAUUCUUAACAAUAAUCAAACAUCUGUAUUUGUGACACUUUGAGUAUCCACACUGCCUCAGAGAGAUAAGAGAGUCUUUGACUGUCUCCUUAUGAAAGUAGUAGACAUUAAAAAUGAAUGAAGGGACAAGUUUCACCUCAUAACUGUAUGAAGUUAUUUUCCUUCAGAUGAAUUACAGGGUGUGGGUGUGUGGUAGUAAUGCUGGGAGUUGGGAACAGAUGUUGAAUAGCUGAAUGGUAAAACUACUUUUAAUAAAUAAACAGGUUGUUUUGGCAAA